AUGAUCGACAACUGGGACUACCCUGUGAAAUAUACGUACGAUCGAACGCGAAAGGGAACCAAAGUGUAUCGUAGCAUAUGGAUGGAAUCGGGACCUCCAUUGGUGAAGAAAUAUAUAGUGACACAGGAAACAGAUCGUCGGGUAAUCCUUUCUUUAGAUAAUGGAAGCGGAAAUGUCCUCUUUACAAAGGAGGACUGCGUGCCAUCGUUACUACGACAGGACCCUUUCGGCUUGGAAAAUUUUCUGGUAGCAUAUUCAGCAAACAAAAAGGGGAGAUGGCGAUUGAUGACCGAUGCUAGUAAGAAUAUUCUCUCUCUUCAGGAUUCUUCGAACUCUGUUCGGGUUUCAGCUGCUCGACAGGUGCGAAUUGGAAGAGACAAGUAUGUAUUUGUUACUGGACUGUUUGACCAGGCUUUCAGUAUCGACUUUGACGUUAGUUCUGAAGUAGUGGAACUGCACACUGUAGCUUCCGAUGAGAAAGAAAUACAUCGAUCCGCUAAGAUUAGUACUUACAAAGCCCUGUCUAGUAAACCAAACCCUCCUAAAAAAAAGAAAAAACGGCGCUUUGCCCCGGUAAAUUUUGAAGGAGAGCGGAACGAAAAUUUCCGUAUUAAUAAUAAUGAUUCAAAUGGAGAAGAAUCGCCAUUAUGGAUGGCCAAGCUCCACUUACUGUACUUCGAAUAUUCGGAAAAACUAAGCAAGCGACUUGCCAACAUGAACCGAGCUUUGCGACGCCGAUCUCCAACGCCUUUAAGACAUAAAAUCAAACGUUACCGUAAAGCUCAUAGAACGAACUAUCGUUUUGGGGAGGAUGAGCAAAAUGCGGGUGAAUCAGAACAGGUACAUUUUGGUGCCGAACGCUACGGAGAAACUGCGCGUUGCAGCUCAGAGAGUAUUGAUGACGACCUUGUUAGCUGCAAGAACGUCUCUAUAGCUGAAUGCAUAGUACAGCCAGUUCGUCGAAAAGGAAGGGAGAAAAGAAAACGACAUUCUUCUGCUCAUUUUGAGGAACCUGCAAUAUUUGAACCAAAAGAAUGUAAGGUUGAGAGUCCUGAAGGCGCGGGAGAAUUGCCUGUUGUCGAACCUGGCACUAAUCUCGAGAAACUGCAGCUGUUGGAAUCUAAUAUUUUCUCAGUCACUCGUUCUUUUCUGAAUAAUGAGGUUUUGAAGAUCGGCAUGCCAGUUGACGGUCUGUUACCUUCUACGUUCGCAGUCAACGUUUACGAUCCAUUUGAAAGCAGUAAAGGGUUAAAGUUGCCCGAUAAUUUUCGUGGAGUCCUAUUGUUGCAAAAACUGCGGCAGUUUAAGAAGAAAAUUCAUAUUAGGUGUCUAUUCAAUCCUUUCGACUUUGUCAGUCGCUACCCUGAAAAAGUUGUCGGCAGGCUUCCGAAAGCAAAAGACACUAAAUUUCAUGAACAAAAGAUCUUUGCUAAGGUCAAACAUAUUUAUCCGCAAAGCGAUGCCUCAAUCUUCGGCUGUGGUUCGCUUGAGGCAGAUAAAUCAGCUGGUGAGGAGUAUCAGAGGAAGCGAUGUUGUGGGAAUUGCUUUGAAGACGACCGGUACUGUAUCGCACUCAAGUGUGGUCACUUCUUCUGUGAAUAUUGUUGGCUAGCUCACAUUAAAACUUCCGUGUACAUGGGUCAGGUGCCAGUUACAUGCCUGGAUUAUAGUUGCAACCUGGCGAUGAAUAGAGAGCAGAUGAUGCUGAUAGCUCCUGUGGAUUUUUGUUACCGGUAUAAUGCAUUAGUGAAACAGAAAUUACUAACUGAAAAUCUCAACAAAAAACACCGGUGGUUCAAAUGCGAAUCAUGUGAAACUGUUAACGAGGUCACGAAUGAAGAGGCAAAGAACUUGCUUGCACAGUGCUCAUGCGGAUAUACCGUUUACACUUUGGGAAGUGACCAGGGCGUCGUGAGGAUCGCUGUGCGCCAGUGUCCUCAGUGUAAAGUGUUCUGCCAACGAUCUCAUGGUUGCGAUCACAUGACUUGCACAUGUGGACAACAGUUUUGUUACAAGUGUUGUCAGAAAUUGUCUUUUACUAACGAUCAUGACAACUGUGUCGAAAUUGAGAUAAACGUUGAUCUUAUUGACGCUCCAAAAUCAAUUUGCUUUAUCCCCAAGAGUACCUAUGAGCAGUGCCUUUAUUUUCAAGCUCAGAACACUCCACCGAGUUUUAACAACUUACGUUUAUAUCCUCCGAAAAAUCCAUUGAACUCUCUUCGAAGGAAGCAUAUUAAUUUUGUCGUUCAUUGGGCUUAUACAACUUUGGAAUUUUGCUGCGUUCAAACUUGUCUGAAGAGGCGUAGGUUAAACUGGACCAAACGAAAUAAUCUUCCAUUUUUUAAAUUGGCUUGCGAGUUUGCACUCCUGAAUAGGUAUUAUCAUCAACUUCAGUUCCUGGUCCUACGGCUAAAACAGCUAUGCGAGUAUGACAAGGGCGGCUUGACAAAGCUAGAAGAGUACUCUAAAGAAAUUGAAAAUGCCAUACUUAGGAUUUUUAAUAUUAGUGUUUAA